AUGAACCCGUGGCUCCUGGCCUGCCUGGUGGUCUGCCUCGUGGGGGCCUGGGCCCCCACUGUCCACACCCAAGGUGCGUUUGAAGAUUGCUGCUUGGCAUACCACCGUGCUGGGUUGGCCAUGCUCCAGCACGCCCGGUGUUACCGGCGCCAGGAGGUGAGCGGGAGCUGCAAUCUGCCUGCUGUGAUAUUCUACUUCCCCCGGAGACGCAGGAUGGUGUGUGGGAACCCGCAGGCCAGGGAAGUGCAGAAUGCCAUGAGGCACCUGGACAGGCGGCACAAAACGUCCGCAAACCUCUGCCACAGCGCACAAAAGACCUUCCAAGGCUCUCAUGCUGGAAGGAAGAAGCUACCAUUGUCUAAGGUUAGCGAUCCCACCGGCGGUAGCAAGAGGAAUGCCUCCCUUUUCCUGAGAGCAGCUCAUCCAG